AGCUGGCAACAUUCUCCACAUAAUUUGGCGUGUGUGUAUGGUCGAGGUGCCGUCAAAAAUGUCUUCAAUAAAAUUAAUUAAUAUAUCUAGUGCCCUAAUAUUAUGUUUUAUAGUGAGUGCGUAUAGUCAGACUGUGCAUAAAAAGUUUGAAUACAAAUAUUCGUUCAAACCGCCGUAUUUAGCACAAAAAGAUGGAUCGGUUCCCUUCUGGGAGUACGGGGGCAAUGCGAUAGCGUCGGGCGAGAGCGUGCGGCUGGCGCCGUCGCUGCGCAGCCAGAAGGGCGCCAUCUGGACCAAGCAGCCGAUCAACUUCGACUGGUGGGAGGUGGACAUCAUGUUCAAGGUCACCGGCAGGGGGCGCAUCGGCGCUGACGGACUCGCCUUCUGGUACACAUCAGCUAAGGGCGAGUACACCGGGGAGGUGUUCGGUUCAUCGGACCGGUGGAACGGACUCGGGCUGAUCUUCGACAGUUUUGACAACGACAACAAGCACAACAACCCCUACAUCAUGGCCGUGCUCAAUGAUGGGACCAAAGUCUUCGACCAUAAGAGCGACGGGUCUGCGCAGCUGCUGUCGGGCUGCCUGCGCGACUUCCGCAACAAGCCGUUCCCCACGCGCGCUCGCGUCGAGUAUUACCUCAACACGCUCACUGUACACUUCCAUAAUGGAAUGACGACCAACGAAGCGGACUACGAGCUCUGCUUCCGCGCAGAAAACGUGGUGCUCCCCAGGGGGGGGUACUUCGGGCUGUCAGCGGCGACGGGCGGGCUGGCCGACGACCACGACGCGCUGCACCUGCUGGCCAGCAGCCUGCACGCGCAGCCGCAAGCCACCGGGCAGCAGAUGAGCAGCGCGGAGCAGCAGCAGCUGUCGGCGGAGUACGCGCAGUACCAGCAGAAGCUGGACUUGCAGAAGGAGGAGUACCGGAAGGACCAUCCUGAUGAGCUGCGAGACAAGGACGACAUGGAGGACUGGUUCGAGUCGGACGGGCAGCGCGAGCUGCGCCAGAUCUUCCAGGGGCAGGGCCAGAUACACGACAUACUCAGGGACUUGCAUAAAAAGGUCGACGAGGUGAUCGGCAAACAGAUGACGUCUCUCUCGAUGUUAACACAUGUGUACAGCGGGCAGCAGGGACAGCUGGCGCCGCAGGGGCAGCCGGGGCAGGCGCCGCCGCAGAUGCCGACGCUACCCAUCGGGCGGCACGACUGGGACGCGCUGCUCGCCAACAACCAGAUGAUCAUCAACACCAUCGCAGAGCUAAAGGGCUUCAUAAUCGAGGUGUCCCGCAAGACGGACCUGGCGGCGGCGGGGGCGGGGGUGGGGGCCGCGGGGGGCGCGGGGGUCAACCCGCAGUUCCUCGCCGAGCUGAGGGACCACGUGUUGCAGGUCAAGCAGAAUGUUGCGGUCGUUGCGCAGAGGCUCCCCCCCACCCCCGCGGCCGGGGCCCCGCAGGUGGCGACUCAGCUGUCCUGCCCCGAGGUCUCCUGCGUGUCGAUGACGUCACUACUCACUGUGGUGGCCGCGCAGCUGAUGGUGAUGUUCCUGUAUGGACUGUACAAAGAGAAGAAAGAAGCUCAAGCAAAGAAGUUCUUCUAAAGAGUCUACUUCUAGAUGAAGCUACACUGUUGUCACACUACACCCGGGGAUUCAUUACAUUAUACCAACUACAAUAUGGAUUGGCAAAGCUAACUAGUUUAGAGAAAGUGGCAACACCAUUUUUUUACUGAGGCAACACUUAGGUACUAUAGCGUGGUUGAAAAAUUUUAUCAAUUAAAAUAAAUGAUGAAUACAAUGUAAGCUUUGCCAAAUAUUGUGCCACAAUAUGAUUUGAACCGAGUCAGUACCUAAUUCUUAUACAAAUUGUGUAGGUUUUUGUCAAUUUUGUAUAAUGUCGCUCGACUAAACGGGCCUAAUGUUGAAAUAGGAACGAAUUUAUUUCUCUAUCGAAAUGGCUGUACUUAUUAUUCCUUUAACUUCGUUACCAACUUUUUGGUAUACAACAAUCUUUUCCAAUCUAAAAAUGAAAUGUGACCGUUUUUUAUAUUUUUUUCUUUCUAUGAAAAUGUUCUAUUUAUUUUUUUAUACUUUUGUUCUGUUAGUUAGUGUGUAUCGCUGUGUACAUUGUUAGUGUGAGAACAGUCUAGGUUUAGGUAAAGUUUAAAAUAAUUUUAUACCAUGAAUGCGUGCGUGUUGAGAGAUUGUACAUAAUAUUUAUAUGAUUUCAAUUAGUAAAUGUUAUAUUUGGUCACAGA